AGGACACUACCGGCGUUCCAUACGCGGGGUGAAACGUUGAAUCCGGUCUGUGAUUCAAAAAGCAUCAAAACUUGAUCAAAAGCAUCCCUGAAACAUGGCUGGCAAGGAAAAAAAGAAGAAAGGAAAGAACAAGUUUUCCAAAAUUGGGUCAGCUCUCAUGCCAGGGGCGAUGUUUGCUGCUGUUCCGAGAACCCCAAGCCCGUCUCGUGAAGCAACUUCAAGGCCUGCAUCAGUAGCAGGCUCGUCAAGACCUCCUUCUGCCUUAUCAACUGCUAUUCUCAACACCACCCUGGUGGGUCGCAUGAUAGGAACACCCCCUCCAAAAGACCAUAGAGGUGAGAGUUUGGAUCGUGAAUUGACUACAGACAACAGCAUGGGCCGGAGCAGUAUGUAUGAUUAUGGAGAUGAGGAGGAUGAUGAUGAAGAUGAGGAAGAUAAUACUGAUCAGAGGUAUUCAACUGUACCGAUAGUGAGACAAUCUGAUAAGCGAGGUACUAUAUCAGGUCGUCCAAGAUUAGAUACGCCCACCUUGAGUGAUUUAAGUGAUGAUGAUGAUGAUGGUGCAGAAGAAGUGAAGGACAACAUUAGUCCUUCUAACAUAAAGGAAAGCUCACAAGCAAAGCAAAGUACUGUCGAGGAACCAAUCUAUGCCUUACCAAAUAAAAUCCCUGUAAGAAAGAUUUCAGAAGAAUCAGUGAGCAGUAGUCUGACACAGGUAUCACCUGCUGAUGACUUCUCAGACCUACAGACGCCACCCCCACCUUGGAAGAAACCCCGGGGCAAAAAAGGUCGUGAAAGCCCACAAACUGAAGAAGACUUGUCUUCAUUGGCUGUAAGUGACCUGCGUUCCAGUCAAGGAGCCACUGACAUGGCUUCUAAAGUUGUGGAGCAGCCAAUCACAGAAACUGUUGUCAAGCAAGCUUUGACUGGUGCAAGUCAUACGCCGAGUAGAAAGAAGAGAACAGAAGAAUUUGGAGAGUUUCUCGCUCAGCAACAAGUUGGUUCCAGUAGUCAAGUGCUAGAAGAAGAACUAAAGCAUGUAAAGCAGGAACAGCAGCAGUUACUACAGACACUGCAGCAACAGCAGCAGCAAUUGCGACAGAGUCAAGAGAUGCAGAGACGCCAGGAAGAGGAAUUAAAGAAAACCAGAGAGUAUCAGAAACAGGAAAGAAUAAUGGCUGAUGAAGAGCACAGAAAGAAACAAACUAGAGAUGAAUUUCAAAGAGAAAUUGUCAGAAUUAAUGACCUCUGUGAGGAACUGCACACUGAAAAUGUAGCCAUCCGAAAGGUCAAUGAACAGCUCCAUAUAGAAAACCAUACCUUGAAGACUAAGGCAUCAAGGUCAUCCCAGCAAGAUGAUACCUCAGUUCAAUUUUUGAAACAGCAGCUUGAAGACUAUACAAAGGAAAUUGAUAUGCAUAAAGUAACCGUCCACAAACUGAGCAUUGAGCUAAGUCGAUACCAGGCAAAAUACAGGCCCCUGGAGAAAGGAGACCCACCAGGUUUACCUUCAAGGGGAAGUAGUCCCCGGUGGCUUACCGAUACACGUUACUUAUCACCUCUAAUCUUGGCAUAUGAGGAUCGUUUAACAGAAAAAGACAACACCAUCAUGACUUACCAGAAGGAAUUGAAAGAGAUUAAGGAGAAUGUAGAACAGGUUUUACAUGAGAACCAGAUGUUACACCUGCAAUUAGAAGAAACAGAACAGCCAUCACAGGUGACAAUGAUGGAAUGGCAUAAGCUACAGGAGCAGGCUAAGUUAGUUCUUGAGGAGAACCAGUUGUUAAUGGAGCAGAUGGACAUACAGCAUGAAAAACAGCAACAAGUCCAUAAACAGCACUCUCAGGAAGUUAGUAAACUCUCCAAACGAAUGGUUAUGGUGGACAGGGAGAAAAAUGAAUUAGAUGCACAGUUAUCAGAACUAAGGGUAAAAUACCACGCCCUCAAACAUCAACAUGAGACAUUGGUUGUGAUCAACGAGGGAAAGAUGCCACUAGAAGAACACAUCAGUACUGUCGGUGAACUACAAAAAGCAAUAGAAGAAUUGAAAUCCAAACAGAGAUUAGAAAUUGAAAACACUUUGUCAAAGCUAUCAUCAGUAGAAGCAGAAAAAAAGAAUCUUGCCAUACGAAUUGCUGAUGUGGAAGCAGAAAAAACCCAGAUGGAAGCAGAAAUUAGAGCCCUACAUAGAGAUAAAAGGAAAUCUCAGCAGAAGGUAGUGUUGUUGCAGAAGCAGGUUGAACAUUCUGAAAGCCAAGAGACAGCUGCUAAUCAACACCUCAACAAGGUGCUGCAAAUUGCAGAACAGACAGCUGCUGAGAGGGAUGCCUACCACAGAAUGGCUAAAAGUCAGGAGCACGAGAAGAAGAAAGCUGUUAAUAAGGUAAUGAAGGGAAAUGUAGCAGUUGGAAGAAUGGAAGAAAAAUUGAAGUACUACAAGAUGAAAGCUGAUGAAAAAUUAGGAAGCAUGUCACGACGUAUGGAGGAUGAGAUGACAACGCAUGUGAACCAGAAAGAGCAGUAUCACCGAGAGAUCCGCCACCUACAGCAACUACUAAAGGAUAAGCAAUCUGCCUUGGACAGCAUGACCGAUGAAAAGAGACGGGUUGAGGAAGACUUGGAGACAGUUUGGGACACGGUUAACAAGGAUAAUAAACAUAUGAAGCAGACUUUAAAGUCUCAAAAUAAAAGAUCUUUUAAACUGGAUGGACCUGCAUUUGAAUAUGAUUCAGAAAAGGGGUUACUGAAUGAUUCAGGUAGUGAUGACUACUGAAGUACUGUCAUUGUUCUGUAGGCAUUACAAGUUUGUAGGGCAAGCAAUACCAUUGAUACAUUAUAAGCUGUGUAGAAGUGGUUAUUAUUAUGUUUAUUACGUGCAGUUAUUGGAUCUGAACAAGUUGGAGGGUCUGAACCACGUCAGCUCUACCAUGGUUAUGGCUCAGUUAAAAUAUGUAUGUUUGUGGCACCAAAUUGCAUGCUAAGACUUUUUUUUUUUAGAAAAUAUAUAUUAAAAUUCAGGAGGGAUAGCUAGUGACUCAGCCACUGAAGAUUUUGAAGUUGAUAAUAUAACACAGCAGUAAUCACAUCUAAAAUGAUUUAAUUCAUCAUUGAAGGUUACCCUCUCCAAAUAAAUUAGGGAUAGUAUACAAAUACAAUAUGGUUUGAGGUGAUGUAGUAAAUUUUGCUUCCUGAGGUGUUGGAUGAUUGCAACUUUCUUCCUGCAUCUGUGUAAUUCGGCACUUGGGCUCAAGGGCUAGAGCUUAUACCCUGUUUCUGUAGUGUGAAGCAGAUGAGAGUGUGAUGCUCCCCUCGAAUGGGACAGCCGGGUUACUCCCAGAAAUUUGCUGGUACCCCUUUAUACAACUGGGAAACUGGAGCAAUGUAGAUAAAGGACAUUCUAUGUACUGGUAGUAAUUUAAUGCAGCUCUAUUUCUUUUUCAGGUUUAGUAGCCCCUUUCUAUGAAUUUGUAGUAUUAAUCACUGAUGAAGUGCUUUAAUCCACAUUAAAUGUUGCUUUCCAUUCCGUAUAAUUCAUCAUACCCUUGAAUAUACAGUAUAUUUGAUAGAAUGCCUUGAUAUACUUUUACAUUUUGAUUUGUGAAAUAAGAUAUAUUUUUAUGUACAGUACAACAAUAAUUAGUGGUGUUUGUAGGAAAGGGUGGAAUUCUGUAAAACAUAGCAAUGUGUACAAUUAUUUAAGAAUUCUAUUUAAUUAUAUAUAUUUAUAUUGUUUUAAUUGAGUUGAAUUUUACAAAUGGAAUAAUUUUUACAAUGAUUGUAAAACUUUUGUCAGUUUUUAUUUGGUUAUUUUAUUUGAAUUUGACAAUCGUUUGUAGGUGAAUAAUUUGAAUUGAGUAAACUACACAAAUACCUUGAAUAAGCAAACCUUGAUAAUUUUUUUAACAGAGCAAAUGUUAUAUUAAUGUGUGCAAUAGUUUAUCCGUGUAAGUUUGUUGGUUAUCAUUCUGUAUUCUUAUAGUAUAAAAGGGACAAUCAAGACUGUUUCAUUCAUAAACAAAAAUGGUAUUUACUACUACUGCAAAAUUAUCAACAGGUACAUAGUCAUCAAAACAAUAAUUGGAUUCAUGAUUAUUAACCCAAUUUGUAGGGGCGGAAAAAUUGUGUAUUUUUUCCACAUUGGCAGACUAAAAUCAAUAAAAUUUAAAGCCUUUGAAACCCCUAAACUCUUGUAGCUUCCAGGAGCUUCAUCUCCUGGACCACUUUCGUUAUUGUCAGGGACUAUACAUCCUCUGUCGGACAAAUCCUGCCGCCACCCCUGUUCACACAUUAGGUUCAUUUUUUGGUUUCCUUUCUCUUGUUAUUGUUUUACAUUGUGCAGUCUGUUUUUUUCUGUAUUUAAUGUGUUUUGAGAGGAAUAAAUGAAAUGAAAUUGUAUCUUGUUUUAUCUUUAUUUUAUUUGAAAUCAGUUUAUGCAAGUAAUUAUGAACAAUCAAAGUAAAUAAUAUAA